AGUUCUAACAUAGCCCACCGAACCAACCAACAUUGUCAGUUAAUUUCUAACAUUCAAGCCUCGAGCAUCUCAGGGAUUUGCCCUAAUAUGAAGACAGCAAUCAUUUUCACACUUUUAUUGCCGCUUGCGUGCCUGGCCCAGAGCAACGCGGUUGACAGAAUAGUCGAUAACCAUUAUCCAAGCGACAAUCUGAUAGAUAGCGAUCUAUCUGAGAGCCUGAGUCCGCGAAUAAUGAAUAUCCAGGCAAACGCAUUAGCUCAAACAGAUGAUAAGUGGCUGGACACCAGAAAUCCACCUGUGGUAACCACUGUAAUCCUGCCGACGAUGACUUUCGUUGCGACGAUUCUCACGAAAACUAAUUUUCCAAUUAUACGCUUGCUGUUUGGUAUAAUAAUUGGAAUUAUUGGUAUCAUUGCUGCUUGCAGUACUACACCAUUAUGCAGUAUUUCAGCUGGCCCCAGCAUGUCGUCUAUGGAGCGGAUAACGGAAUAUCUGACGCCUGAAAAUGUUAGCUCGCUGGUCGAGCAAAUAAAUACUGCAAUACAGACGUUUGAAGCAGUGCGAAAAUUGAAUUAAUACCAUUUUAGUAUUUUCUAAGCAUCGUGUAAUUUUUUUGUAACAAAGUGACUUUUCUAUUUAAUUUUAUAGCCUAUGUACUUGCGUUUUCUUUCGAAUAUAUUGUAAAAAACAAAAAAAAUUCAAUAAUAAUUGGCACACAAGUUUCUAGCUGAAAAAAUGUUUAUGUCAAUUUAUAUUUAUUUUAAGUAUGUAAAAUGAACAAAAUAAAUUUAUCGCUAAAAUUGUUACUUCUUAAGGAGUCAUAAUGUACAUGUUUCACUAUUAUUGUAUAUCAGUGUCAUAGAAUCUAAAUUAGUAGAACAUGUGUCGCAUUUCACUGCACUUUUAAAUUUCAAUGUGUUGUUCUUAGUAUCUAUAGACGUGAAGAAUUUUCCUAUUAUGAUCAAUUCAUGGAGCACUAAUAAAUUUAUGAAUAACUAAAUACGAGAGGCAAAUAAUUUCAUAGUAGUAACAAAAGCUACAUCAGCCCCGUUCGUUAAACAUCAACGAUAGUCUUCUGUUCCGGUCUCAAUUUUUCAUCCAAAAGUGUAGAAAUGAAUAUUAAUUAUCUAGAAACAGUGUAAUGAAAUCAUACAAGUAAUAAAAAAGGAAACGCCAAUUUUGUCUGCAUCAUAUUGCUUGCAAAGGGAAUAUAAAUUUUUCGAUAAAUCGUGAUUUUUUCAGUCUUAAAACGCAACGUUCUUUAAAAUAACUUUAAAUAAAUGGCAUUAGUGUUUUUUCUUUAGAUUAAAUAAGAACAGUUUAUUUCAAUUGUAGUGUUUUCAUACCUAUCCUUACUUUUGUAUUAUGUGAAUCGUGCUUCAGCGUUUUUCAGACGUGAAUAAGUGUUGUAUUUUUUAGAACAGAAGAGUAUUUUUAUUAUUCAAUUUGAGCGAAAACUAACUUAACCUUGGCUUUGACACAAAAUCAUCGCAGUUUCCAUUGCUUAUAGCCUUGAUACACUCGUUCCUGGUUGCCAAAGUGAUAGACAAAAAAAUAGGUUCCUUAUCAAGAUCAUUGACGUAUCUUUUCAGAGAUUUGCAUUUUCUCGCUUCCACUUUUGAUGUGACGCACCAAUCCACGUUCUGAUU